GUUUCCCAACACCACCGUACCCCGGUCCCCCUUUGGACUACAACUCUGUUCAGCCUGUUGUCCAGCCUGUGGUUCAGCCAGUUGUCCAACCUGUUGUCCAGCCAGCUGUUCAGAUUGUUCAACAGCCUGCAUACCAAUACAAUGCACUACAACCUCAGGUUGUGCAGCCAGUGAGUCAGGUGGUGGUGAUGCAGAGUCAUCUCCCAAAAGAUGUUCCUGGACAGAUGAAGUGUCCUCAUUGCCAAACUGAUGUUGUGACUAAAACAGAGUACAAAAUUGGGAUCCUCACCUGGUUAAUUUUUGCCGUAUUACUACUUGUAGGCUGCUGGCCUUGCUAUGUGAUCCCCUUCUUCGUCAAAGAAUGCAAAGAUGUGGAGCAUUCCUGCCCUGCCUGUAACAGCGUAAUCCACAUCCAUAAGCUCCUAUGAAGCAGAACU